AUGCAAGUUGUGUCUCAUCCAAUGACAUGCGUCGCAACCGCCAGCUCGCGCCACCGCGCGCGCAUGGCGGCAUCGGCGCCGCGCGCCACACGACCGCGCGAGGCGUCACAAGCAGCGCGCCGCAGGGGGGACGCGGCGGUCGCGCGCGCUGGAUGGGAUGUGGCACGUUUCGCCAAGACAGUCUUCUUUUUCAAUGACCCCUCAAAGCUGAUCGGGGGCCUCUUCUCCGGCCUCCGCCCCACAUCAGAGGCUGGCGCCGAGGGCGCCGUGCAAACACUGCUGCGCGGCGCGCCGGCGCCCGUGGGCGCCGCAGAGGCUGAGGCGGGGGUCGUCUUGGUGACAGGCGCGACCGGCGGCGUGGGCAAGCGCGUCGUGCAGCUGCUGCUGGAGAGGGGGCGACGCGUCCGGGUGCUAGUGCGCGAUGUGGACAAGGCCAAAGCGCUCCUGCUGCAGCGGCCUGCCAGGCCGCCUGGCGCGGCGUGGCACACCUGCAUUUACGGGUGCAUGCUCACAUUCAUCCUGCGGGGCCCUGGCUUGACUACCACACAAUGA